AUGAAGUUUAUUCCGGCACUACUCUUACUUCCCUCGUAUAGUGUUCUUUCUCUUCAGGGUGUCCUUCAACGACCAGACCCUCAGCUUGUUCACAUUACCUUCCAUGGCGGCUUGGCUUCUUACUCUAUGGCUUUCCAUGCUGAUGGCCGUACUCGCAAGACUGAUCAUAAUCUCAGCGUCGAUAUCAUCGACAACUCAGACUACAACGCUCUUGAACAGUGCUUCUUCGCCAUCAAGAGCCAAGCGAAGUUGACCCCCAAAGUCAGUCCAAAGGAUGGCUCCCAGCACAUCCUCGUCAACCCCUCUCGAGUGAUCACCGCUGUCAAUUGCACCGGCAGUUGUGUUCCUACGCGAGUGCUAUGA